AAAUGACAUCAUCAUUACGUAGCAGGAAGUAAACAAAAAACUACGGAACCCCGCUUGGUUUAAGCACUCAAACAGAAGCUUAUCCCCUUCUAUUUGGCUGCAUCAAAUAAAAACGCAAUUUAUGUGGUGAAUCAGUAACAUAAACUAAGAGCUUGAAAAUGUUUGCAAGGACCACAGCAAAGUACGUGGAGGAAAAGGACCAUAUUCGACUGGAAGAUCUUUGGCUGCAGCCUUAUGUUGUGUUGCACAGAGUAGACAUCAGUGAAGUUAAGCAGGAGGAGCCAGAGCUCACUCAUAUUAAAGAGGAAGACGUGGGCAAAGAGGUCCACCACUUGAAUGAACACAUGGAGCAGACGUUUGUUUGCCUCAUAAGAAAGGAGGAAGAGAUGGAGUGGCCUUGUAUUAAAGAGGAGGAAGAAGACUCCUGCGACAUUAAAAAGGAGGAGGAGGAGGAGGAGGAUAUCUACAAGAUGCCAUCGCCUGGUGUUCUUGUGAAGAGUUUAGAUGAGGGUCAACAUGAGGUGAGCAAAGGGGCGGAGCCUCCAACCUGCAGCUCAAGUCAACAAAUGACCAGAGAAGGUGAUGGAGACCACUGUGAAGGAUCACAAGCAGCUCCAGCAUCAGAUAGUGACGUGACGAGAAACUUUUCCUGCUCAGAUUGUGGCCAUAAAUUCACUCGGAGGGAACAUUUAAAAAGGCACACAAGAAGGCACACUGGUGAGAAACCAUUUUUAUGCUCAGUUUGUGGCCGAAAAUUCUCUGAGCGGGGAGAUUUAAAAAAGCACACAAGGAUUCACACUGGUGAGAAACGUUUUUCAUGCUCAGUUUGUGGACAGAAAUUCUCGGAGGGGGGCCAUUUAAAAGCGCACACAAGAAUCCACACUGGAGAGAAACCUUUUUCAUGCUCAAUUUGUGGCCAAAGCUUUUCAGUGAAGAAAACUUUAACAAGUCAUACAAGAAUCCACACUGGCGAGAAACCUUUUUCAUGCUCAGUUUGCGGCCAAAACUUCUCUCAGGAUGGACAUUUAAAAAGCCACACCAAAAGUCACACUGGCGAGAAACCUUUUUCAUGCUCUGUUUGUUACCGAAGAUUUGUAGUCAAGCGAAGCUUAAAAAGGCAUAUAAGAAUCCACACUGGCGAGAACCCUGUUGCCUGCUCAGACUCUUGCCAAUGAGAAUUCCAAGUGUGUUGGGGAGAUGAGCAAUGAUUUCACCUUCUAUUUGAGUCGUAAUGAAUUUGAGAAUAUAGUUAACCGGCCUCGGGAUGAUAAGAGUUUUGUGAUAUUCAUAAUACUUGAUGUUUAUUUUGCUUUUAGUUGUGGAUUUUAACUAAUUACUUUUAAUUUAUAUUCAGAGCGCGUUGCUUAGUUUCUAUUGGUGUUGAGGCUUUUGAUUUGUUCAGCUUUUCAUUUUUGCCCUCAUUUGUCAAGACUUGUUAAGAAGAAAAAUCAGAAGCAAACGACACUUUUUUUUUUCUUUAAUAGAUGAAUCAAUUUGUGUAGAAAUGCUGAACGACAAAAUAUGGAAGCAUGUGGAAAGCCUUGAAUCAUGAAAUAAAAUGAGAGUGGAUUAUA